GUGCUGGGGACGGGAGGGGACACGGAAUCGCGGGAUGGAGUCGCGUGCGCCCUGCCCUCCUCCGAGGCCGGGGUUCCCUUGUGGGUCCCCUCACUGGUCUCCCCUUUUCCAGAAAGAGCUGGAAGCCGCCUGGGGCGUGGAGGUGUUCGACCGGUUCACGGUCGUGCUGCACAUUUUCCGCUGCCACGCCCGCACCAAGGAGGCCAGGCUGCAGGUGGCGCUGGCCGAGAUCCCUCUGCUCAGGUCGAACCUGAGAGAUAGCGUCGCUCACCUGGACCGACAGGGAGGGGGCUCCCGCUACAUCAUGGGCUCAGGGGAGUCUUUCAUGCAGCUGCAGCAGCGCCUCCUGCGCGAGAAGGAGGCCAAGCUCAGGAGGGCCCUGGAGCGGCUGAGGAAGAAGCGGCUGGUCCUGCGCAGGCAGCGCGCGCGGCGGGAGUUCCCGGUGGUGUCCGUGGUGGGCUACACCAACUGCGGAAAGACCACGUUGAUCAAGGCGCUGACGGGAGACGCCGCCAUCCAGCCCCGGGACCAGCUGUUCGCCACGCUGGACAUUACGGCGCACGCGGGUUCGCUCCCCUCGCGCAUGACCGUCCUCUACAUGGACACCAUCGGCUUCCUCUCCGAGCUGCCGCACGGCCUGAUCGAGUCCUUCUCCGCCACCCUGGAGGACGUGGCCCACUCCGACCUGAUCGUGCACGUGCGGGACGUCAGCCACCCCGAGACCGAGCGCCAGAAAGCCAGCGUCCUGUCCGCGCUGCGCGGCCUGCGCCUGCCGGGCCCGCUGCUGGACACCAUGGUGGAGGUGCACAACAAGGUGGACCUGGUGCCCGGGUACAGCCCCGCGGAACCCGGCGCCGUGGCCGUGUCCGCCCUCCUGGGCCGUGGGCUGCAGCAGCUCAAAGCUGAACUCGAGGAGGCGGUUCUGCGAGCGACGGGGAGACAGGUGCUCACCCUGCGCGUGCGGCUGGCGGGGGCCCAGCUCAGCUGGCUGCACCGGGAGGCAACGGUACAACAGGUGGACGUCAUCCCCGAGGACGGGGUGGCCGACGUGAAGGUCAUCAUCAGCAAUGCUGCCUACGGCAAGUUCCGGAAGCUCUUUCCAGGAUGAAAGGACGCCUGGCGGCCGGGGAGAUGUAUUUUGCAGCGUCAGACGAGAGGCCGCCUCCAUCUGUCUCAGCUCCCGUCUCGCUCCUGGGCGUCCGUGGCAGCGACCGCCAGGGCCGGGGGCACCGCUGCCGAGUGG